AUGUCGACUCGUCAAAUUAAAAGGUUACAGAGAAUUGCGAAGGGCGACGAGUCGGAUACGUCUGAGGAAGAAACGCCACAAAAACUAACACCGUACGCCAAUAAGCCUAAGUAUUCAUUCAACCUUUUGGCAGAAGAUAGCGACUCGGAUCAGAGUUCAUCUGCAGAUGAAGAACAAGUCAACGGAGUGGAAGAUCACGAAAAACCACAGGAUUCCACUCCCAAAUCUAAAGAAGAGGUUUCUGAUGAAUCUGACUGGGAAAAGUUGUUAAACGAAAUACAGGAUCAAACGUCGGUAACAGAUGAACAAGCAAAUAUGGUAUACGAUCACUUUUUAUCAUCACCAAUGCACUAUUUUAAGACGAAAGACCAAAUGGAGAAAGGAAAGACAAAGUAUUCAAAAAAGUCCUCUUUUCAGUCGCCAUCAAGGUACUGGUUGGCGCCAGGUCUUAGUACCAGGGAGUAUAUGCAGUUGAGAACCGUAUCGUCGACGCAGAUGGAAGUUGAAGUGAAGCCGGACCCGCACACAGGCAGAGAUAAGUUUGAACUGAGCCUGACGAGACUCGAUACACGAAGGUACCGGGAGAUAGACGACAUAUGUUCGUCGGCAGUGCAGUCACACGACUUUGAGCUGUUCAGAAGCCUACUGAGGGCACACCCAUGUCACCUGGGACUGCUGAUAAGAGGAAGUUGCAUAAACACAAUAUCAAGUAACCACCAGGAGGCGUUUACGCACCUGGACAUGGCGGUGAAGAUAUUGCAGACAGUGUUGCCACACAGCUUCUCAAUAUAUCGCAAAAAUAAAGCAAACAUGCCAAACGUGUGGCUGCCCAGCGAGAGCGGAGACAACAAACUGGUGUACAGACUGCUGCUGCUGUACAUGAUAUCUCUGGAGAGGAAGGGGCAGUGGCAAACGUCGCUGGCAAUAUGUAAGCUGCUGAUGGCAAUGGACACUCCCGAGGACGCAGCGCACGCACUGCUGCACGUGGACAUGUACCUGCUCAACUGCUUCGUAGAAAAAAGGUCAAUAUCGACGUUCGUGUACAACUACCACGAGCUGGUAAACCGAACGCUGCCUCCGCUGUUCUGGUUCCUGCCGAAUUUUGCACUGACGUUGCCGCUGCAGCUGUUCCUGGACCUGACUAAGCCAGUGGAUAACCUGAUGGACCAGUACGAAGUGCUGAGAGACUUUUUAAUCGAGCACAUGGAGCUGAUAGACUGCAUGGGCAAGUACGCGCCGUACAUGUUCCUUCUGAGGGCACUGAUACAGUACCCGCUCUUCAUAGUGAAAAUGGCGGAGCGCACAGGCUCGUCGCCGGAGCUGAGGGCAUGUUUAUCAGAGUACCCGUUCAACAAGGCGAAGCUGCUGGAAAACGAGGACUACGACCGCAUGGACUACCAGCUGAUUAGAUGCUACACGCACAAGUGCGGGGACCUGUGGAGUGGAAGCAACGCCACGUUUCUGGCGACAACGGCGACCCUGCUGGCGGAAAUGUACCAGGAUGGGGACGUCAGAGAUGUAAUAGACGCGUUCGAGGACCUGUGGACUGAAUACGCGGAGGAAAUAGAACUCCCGGAGACGCUGAAGAGCGUGUCAGUCACUGAGUUCGAUUUGGCAAACUACUCACUGCCGGCGGAUCUAGAGCCCCCGAUUUAA